AUGGCAGAAUGGCGUAUCAGCAACGAAGUUCCGUUACGAGAAUUAGACGGCUUGGACCACGAGCGUUGCGCUGCGCUCCACAAUUACGUUGUUGAAUUAGGCUGGACCCAGCGCGGACUGGCACUCGACACUCUCGACAAAUGCACAUGGUGGCAAUGCUAUGGCGGCGAUGCAGCUCUUGCGAGUACAGCUGAACGUCUUAAUACGUCCGUGGUGUCUUUCCUCAAAGCAGCUUGGCAUGGAUAUGCAAUGGACUCGGCCUUGAAACCUCACCGUUUCCAUCGGUACCUGGGGGGCUUGAGCUCACCAGAACAACUCUGGCGAGCUAUAGAUUAUGCUGAGGACGAAGACAAUUCUAACAAGCCCUGCUAUGUUUUGCUGUACAUGGCGAAUGAGGCACUGGGCGCCACUCAUCCAUUGGGACUUGUUCUGAAUCAAGGUGAAGCCACAGCUAUGCAGCACAUGUCCAUACGUGACACCGAAAUCACCAUGAAUGGCCGACAACUGUGGCUGCCUCUUGAGAUCGUUCUUGAUACCUUGGUUGAUCUGAUUGAGCAAGGUAAGAUUCUGGCCGUUGAUGCGACUUACAGUGGGGAGCAAGAGCGCACGGAGCCGUGGAUCAUGCCUUCAUACACGGAGCGAGACCUCGAAGAGUCCCUCCAAGCUUUCCAGCAGCUGGUAGACGCGAUCCACGACAGAAUGCCAUCUCAACCGCAGAGCGUCGAACAAGGUCUACUGGAGAUGGUGACAGCUGGGAAUCCGGCUAUCCUACCCGCAAACAGCUUCGCACAUCGAUUUCUCGCCCAGUGCCCGCGACCUGCCUUCACUCAUAUCGCCCCCGGCUUGAGCAUCGCCCAAAACCAACCUUUCGCCCCGGCGUUAGGGCAAGCGGGCGCUAACAACCUCUUCCCACUUCUCCUCUUCGCAAGCACAUCAUCUGCCCACCAAGAAUUCCGACGCGCACCGUGGGGAGAGCAAGUGCGCGAAUCGCCUUUCGCGCGCGACUUCAACAACAUCUCAUCGUAUCCAGCCGGUCUUUACCUCAGCGAAAGCGAUCCUUAUGGCCCCCAUCCUUUUGAGGAUGGCUGUAAACUUGUUCUUCCAUUCACCCUCGGCUCUAACGCAUUUGCGCGCACCAGCGACGGCGCACUGAUCGGCGAGCAUGUGCGACGGGAAGGAGAUGAGACUGCUGAGAUUGAACCAAAGAGUGCGGAGCUAUACCAACUGGGAUUCAAUCAUUUCAUUGCAGCGCAUGAUGUACAGCUUAGGUAUGUGCUAGGGAAAUGGCUGGAGAUGAUUGAAGAGGGGAAAUGGGAGGUCGACGAGCAUGGUGUUGUAGGAGGCGUAGAGAAAUGGAGGGAGGCGGAUAUGGAGGAGCAUUGGGCUGAAUAUCAGUUGUCGAUGAGUUGGUGA